CUCGCGCGUGGAAUCGGCGACUGCAUUGAUCCUUUUAGAAGCUCACUAUCCGUUUCAUGAAUCGGGGGCAUUCACGAAUUCACUCUGUGCUGGGAGAAUAUAUACCAACGUGCGUUUCUGUCGCUGUUUCCAACCAUCUGUUCGGACUCACCAACUGCACUAGCUCCUGUGACAUCGAUAUCCAGCUGAUUUUGGUGGGAUUAGCAUCAUUCAGGAAGAUUCACAAUGGUGGAUGAGGCGACGAAGAGAACUCUCAGUGCCAUUCCUCUCCUGAAGACUAAAGCCGGGCCACGUGACAAAGAUCUCUGGGUUCCGAGGCUGAAGGAAGAAUAUCAGUCACUCAUCAAGUACGUGGAGAACAACAAGCAAAACGAUAACGAUUGGUUCCGGUUAGAAUCGAACAAAGACGGAACCAGAUGGUUCGGGAAGUGUUGGUACAUACACGAACUGCUAAAAUAUGAAUUCGACAUCGAAUUCGAUAUCCCCGUAACAUAUCCCACGACAGCACCAGAGAUCGCAAUCCCAGAGCUCGACGGGAAGACCGCCAAAAUGUACAGGGGAGGUAAAAUCUGUCUUUCGGACCAUUUCAAGCCUCUUUGGGCACGGAACGUUCCGAAGUUUGGGAUCGCCCAUGCCAUGGCUCUAGGACUCGGUCCGUGGUUAGCAGUCGAAGUGCCGGACUUGUUGUCGAAAGGUCUCAUCAAGCAUAAGGAAUGCGGUGAUGCAGCUGCCGGGUCUAACUGAGGUGCUCUAGCGGUCCGUCAACGAAUUGCCUGGAAUAUUGGGUAUGGAUGAUGUGAUCCGACUGAGUUCUUCGGCACCUGCCUGAACCGACCACGAUAAAGGAUAUAUUUUCCUAAUGCAAUCACCUACGUGCCUCUUACUUCUCAAAAUUCUUACGUCAAGGAAACGGCGUGAGCCCCUCGAAUCCGAUCUCGAAACUUAGACGCCUUUCCCCUGCAACGGCUCCCGCGUCUCUCCGAGGACGCUUCGACGCUUGGCUAAAUCAACGAAUGGGCCGCGUCACCUCCUGGGAGUUUCUUUUCCAAUGAUCCGAAAAGUCCAGCGAUUUUUUUCGCAUAA